AUGCGGCCAGCCCCUCGAUUGGAGAUGAUUGGCCUAUCAGAGGAUAGCUAUGGGGAGCAUCUAAUCACCCCGCAUCGUACCCCUUGUGCAUACGAGUCUUUCAAGAUACAAGUAAGCACCAAAGGUACUCAACCUUCAUCUCAUCAUCCUCCCAUCUUCGGCGUCUGUUACGGCGCUCACCUCUGCGGAAUGAGGCCGCAGGCACGGCGCCCAUUACUCUACUUCUGGAAGCCCAAGCUUCCUGUAGGUCUGCACCUCAUAGAUGCAGCCUCCGAUCACCGUCGCGGAGCUCAUUCCGCUUCUCCCUCACUAAACAACCAAGCACGCAUCGUCAGGGAUGGGGGGCCCCAAAACGCCAGAGCGGCACAAUGGACGUAUAAUGCGGGGUUUGCCUCGGGACCCGAGUACCGAUUGCUGUCUCAUUCUGUUAGUGACGUGGAAGUUGAUCCCCCAUACCCAUACCUGCCGGGGUUGGGGUAUCGGCAACCGAAGCUUGAGCUAUCCCGCAUUAAAGUCUAUAUGCGACCCUUUCGGAUGGACAUUCGCGUGGCGAGGAAAUACUCAUCUCUCACACUUCAUCUCACUCAUAUAAAGCUCAAACCCACGUCCGCAAUUGCCGUCAGCCAGAUCCCCCACGCGGACGCCUCCGCCGUCAAUCACACAAACGGCAACGGCGUCCUGCCCAGCUCUACCAUUGCGCCUGAAAAGAAGCCCGGGCAAGACAAGUCAAAGACCCUGGAGACCAAGGGCUUCCCCCGCCCGCAAAAGUUUGACGAUCCGUACCAGCAGCGCCAGCACCUUAAGGAGCGUCUGGCCCUAGGCUUCCGCAUCUUUGCAAAGAACGGCUUCGACGCCGGCGUCGCUGGCCACAUCACAGUCAGAGACCCCGUUGAGCCGCAAACAUUCUGGCUAAACCCAUUUGGCGUCCCCUGGCCACUACUCAAAGCGUCAGACCUCAUCCGCGUAGAUGAGAAUGGCGAAGUGGUCGAGGGUGGCCCCGUCAGGCUCUUGAAUACCGCCGCAUACAUGAUUCACCACGCGGUCCAUGAAGCCCGCCCCGAAAUAAACUGCGUAGCCCACUCCCACUCCCUCUACGGCCAAGCCUUCUCCGCCCUCGGCCGCAACCUCGACAUCACCACCCAGGACACCUGCGCCUUCUACAACGACGUCGUCCUCUACAACUCCUUCGGCGGCAUCGUCCUCGGCAAAGAGGAAGGCCUGCGCAUCGCCGCCGCCCUGGGCAACAAGAAGGCCGCCAUCCUGCAGAACCACGGCCUCAUCACCUGCGGCAAGAGCGUCGAGAGCUGCGUCUACUGGUUCCUCAGCCUCGAGCGGUGCUGUCACCAGCAGCUUUUGGCUGAUGCCGCUGCGGGAGGGAGGGGCCACGAAACGGUCAAGAUCGAUCAGGAAGAUGCUGAGUUUACAUACAAGUCCAUCGGAUCCGAGGUGGCAGGGUGGUUUUCGGGGAAGCCUACUUUUGAUAUGAUGGAGCAUGAGUCUGGUGUUGCUUAUAAGAUGUGA